UCAAAAUUUAUUCGAUUUUAUGUGAAUCCAAUAUCUUUAAUAUCUAUUAAAGUAUUUGCCAUGUUUAUAAUGUUGAAAGAGAAAUAAUUAGUGAAAAAUUAACUAUAUUAAUCACAUAAUUAGUGUAUCUAAUGAUUUUAAUACUUCUUUUAUGCACGUAACAUAUUUAUGAUAAUAAAAUAUGAUUAGUUAUGUUUUAAUAAAAUUACUUAAUAUUGUGAUUAGUGAUUUAUGAUCGAUAUUUGGUCAAUUUAAUAUGUUUAUACUUUAUAGUUUAUUUGAUUUAAAUUUGAUAGGAUCAUGGCAUCAAAGGAACAGUCACACGAUGAUGCAUGGGUUCAUGCCCGAAAGCUAGAUGGAAACCGUCAUCAUUGGCAAUGUAUUUAUUGUGACUACAUUGGUAAAGGUGGAGGAAUAACUCGAGUAAAAAUGCAUUUGGCUGGUGGGUAUCCUGACGUUGCAAAAUGCAAGAAGGUUCCAACGGAGAUCCGUAAAUUAUUUCAAAGCAAGAUGAAACAAGCAAAGGAAGAUGCAUUAAAAAAGAAGGCAAGAGUUGAGGAAGAAUAUCAUAGGGCUACACAGGAACCAGUUUAUGAUCAGUAUGAGGGUUGCGGCGAUGAAGUCGACCCGGAUCUCACAGCUGGGAUUCGUGCAUCAUUGGAGCAUCAGCAUACGGUCGAUGAAGCAAUGAGGCAUCGACGACCUGACUCACAAUUAGAGCAUGGUAGUGGUAGUGGAAUCCAGAGGUCAACCAGCAUGAGGCAACCAACUGCUCCUUCUCAGUUAGGCCGAACUAGUAGCAUGAGGUAUGGUGGACUCCGUGGUUUUAUGAGAGGUCUUGGCAGGAGGUCCGCACCAGAUAUUGUUGAUAUUGAUCCGCAAGCCUAUCCUCCACAAACAGCGAAACAGACACGGAUUGACGAUGCAUAUACAAAAGAAAAAAAACGGGAUAUUGGGAAGGCAAUCUCAAAAUGGUUCAACUUUCAUAGGAUUCCAGCCAACACAGCCCAAGGUCCAUAUUAUCAGAGCAUGAUCUCCUCUAUUCAAAAGUCUGGCACGGGGAUCCAACCUCCAACACCGAAGGAGAUUCACGGCGUGUACUUAGAUGAGGAGGUGGCAGAACUAAAGGAUUGGAUCAAAUCCUUCAAGAGGCAAUGGGAUGAAUAUGGGGUGACAUUGAUGUGUGACAGUUGGACAGGACCAACAAGAAUGAGUAUCAUCAACUUUCUUGUUUAUUGCAAUAGAAGAGUGGUGUUUCAUAAGUCCGUUAAUGUUUCUGAAAAGAUCCAAGAUGCAAACUACAUUGAGAGCUUGAUGGAUACUAUGGUAGAGGAGAUUGGACCACAGUAUGUUGUCCAAAUAAUAACCGACAAUGGAGCGAAUUUCAAAAAAGCCGGUUUGCAAUUGAUGGAAAAAAGAAAAACUUUGUUUUGGACUCCAUGUGCAGCUCAUUGCAUAGAUCUAAUGCUAAAGGAUAUUGGUGAGUUGGAUACGGUCAAGAAAUAUGUAGCUCGAGCACAAUCAAUUACAAAGUUUAUAUAUAAUCAUCAUUGGGUCCACGCAUUAAUGCAAAAGUAUGUAAAUGGUGAGAUACUUCGACCUGGAAUUACUCGGUUUGCUACAAAUUUUAUUGCAUUAAAAUCAUUAUAGCAAAAAAGACAUGGCUUGAAGGCAAUGGCUAGCUCACAAGAGUAGUCUGAAUCCAGAUAUUCGAAAUUGAGUGAUGGAAAGAAGAUAGAAAAGGCCAUUCUUUCAUCUAGAUUUUGGGAGACUAUAGCAGAAAUCAUAAAAGGUGUGGAACCACUUUAUAUUGUCCUCCGUAAGGUCGAUAUGGACAAGCGUCCACAAAUGCCGUAUCUUAAAUAUAUGCUGAUUUCAGCAAGAGAGGAGGUCAGGAAAGCAUUCAAAGAUGAUUUUAAGGCCGACCAAUACGUACGAAUCAUUGAUCGUCGGACCGAAGUUCAUAUGGAUCAAGAUAUCCAUAAUGCAGCGUAUUAUCUAAACCCGGCAAUUCAAUAUCGAUAUGCUCUCGGAACGCAAAAUAAUUUCCUAACGACACUACGAAAUGUUAUAUAUCGACUCUUGCCAAACACUACCGAGGCAGCCGAUGCUCUUAUGGAGGGUCGAUUAUUUCGAGAAACAGUUGGUUCAUUCUCCGACGUUGUAGCUAUAUCAUGCCGUUACACUAUGGAUCCUGUCGAGUGGUGGUUACAAUUUGGAGGCGAUGCACCACAUUUAAGGAAGGUUGCCGUUCGUGUACUUUCACAGACAACAACAUCUAGUGGUUGCGAACGUAAUUGGUCAACGUUUGCGUUGAUUCAUACGAAAGUCCGCAACAGACUCUCCUACAGACGGUUAGAGAAACUAGUAUAUGUCCAUUAUAAUAUACGGCUAAAAUUGCGAUGUGCUGAGUUGGAUAAGGAGCCAGAGGAACCAGAUAUUGAUCCCAUUGACCUCCAAUUCUACAACGAAGAUUCAGAGCCAAUGUUAGAUUGGGUUGAAGCAGCAGAGAACCAAGAGGAUCCUCUACUUGAUGAGGCGGGAGAUCCUCAGCGUCCUUCACGUUUUAUCACCGAGGCAAUAGAAGAAGAAGAAGCACAACCCCAACGGGUAGAAAAUCCCCCUCGAUUACAACAUGGUAUGAGUCAAACUGCUCGAGGAACUACCGAUACCCAACGGUCACACUCAUCCGCCCAACGUGCAAAGGCAAAGGGGAAGGCAAUAGCAUCAGUUGCAUCGUUGGAAAGAAUCGAGUCGGGCGACGAGACACCUUCACAAUCACAUUCUCUUUCUCGUUCGGUCCAGAGACAUGACAGCAACACGGACAGCAGUGCCUCAACAGAUGAUGGCGGUGAUACCGGGCAGUCGUUGGUCUCGUCUGCACAACUUGAGGGUGGUGAAUGGACUGAGGAGCAAUAUUUUACACAUGCCACUCAAGAUUCAGAUCAUGGAACUCGACAAGGUACUGGUCAAGUUUAUGCGCGGAAGGGAAAGGAGAAGGGGAAGGGGAAGGCAGUGGAUGAAUAUGAACAAAUGCGACAGAGCAUACAUGAUAUAGACACAGAAAGAGACUCAUCGUAUUCACAGCCAUCGUAUUAUGAAGAAUCAUAUGGGCAACAACAGUAUGGUGAUAGUUGGUCAUCCUUCUCUGAGCAACAGCAUGAUACAGAACAACACCAAUAUAUGCCUCAAGAGCUGCCUCGGACAAAUAUGAUUUAUGACGAUCAAUCUACGAUCAGUACCACAUUGAUGCAUCAAUGGCAUACGGUGUAUCAAUACACUAUGUCAUGGGAUCAAUUUCAUGAUUGGGUCCAACAAACGUAUCAUAUUGAUAUGUAUCGGAUCGAGGACCCCGAUCCACCACCCGUGGAGGCUCGUCGUUCGUUUUGGUGAUAGAAUUAACAAUCAGGUAUAUCUAGAUAUAUGAUUAUUUAAUUCAUUUGAAUUUUAGAGUUUAUAUUGUAACAAAAUAGUCUAACAAUUCAACUGAUUUUUCUAUAGAUAUUUCAAUCUAUAACGAGCUGAAAUACGAACCUCGAACAAGACUACCUCAAAGCCCGAAAAAGAUAUGUGAUGCUAUUUUUAUCUAAUUUACAUUGAUUUUGCUAAACUUAUACUAUUACUAUAUUUAUUUGUAACUUGAAAACUCUAUCCUAACUUUUUUUUUAAUUUUCAGGUAUUUUCGGAGGGAUAAAUCGGUGAAAUUAAGUGUACCGAGCGGUACACCUCGGUAUACCGCUCGGUACGCCGUACCGUACCGUACCGAGCCGGCGUCGAAACGCCGGUACGGUACGGUUCGGCGAACCUUGCCUAAAACAAUGAACAAGCAGAAAAUUUGAGCAGGGUGCAUCUACAUCUUGGAACUCAUAAUCGUCGGUUCAAAUGUUUGUAAAUGAGAAUUGCUUAAGAAUCUCAUAGAGGAUGAUUUGAUCUUAAUCAUGACAAUUUCUGAUCAAUCCCUCUAAAACUAAUACUAGAAAAUUAACAUGAUAAAUAAUUUAUAAUUUGCACAGAAAGAGAUAUAGAACCUCAAAACUAACUAUAGUACAAAAUAAGUCUUCCAGUGGAGUCUAUUAUGGGUAAAAAAGUCAGCGACAUGGUGACUAUUAACACUAACUAUUGCGAAAAACCAAGAGAAACAUAGAUUAAAUAUCGAAAAGCGAGACACGGAAUCCAAGACAACUAAACUCCAUAUAACUCGAGUCUAAAAGAAGCACCUAUAAUCAUCACCAAAUAAAGAAACCGAUGAAUGAGCUAGUAGCAAAAUUUUCCUACAUGACAGUUGACUUUGCUUGGAUUUGGAUGCAAUCAAAGAAAUCAAGAAUUGAAAUGGCUUCAGACAUGUCGAGAAAAAUGUCACAGUUUGAUCGAGCACCAUCAAAGAAACCAAAAGAAACACAAAACUGAAUCUUUAGAUAACGAGCAAUGGGACUGACUAAGCAGCGAGGAAGCGACCACGAAUCAAGAACCAAGAAAGACUGGAAGAAGGGGGGUAAAAAAACCGAUUCUUUGGUCAACUUUCUUACAGAUUGAGUCUCGUAUAGCUCGAAGACGUGCAGGUAGAAGCUGGCGUCGUUGGGCUCGUCGUCGUUCCGAGCCACCGCUCCUCCCUCUGCUGCCAUUCCGUCCGGAGCCCGCGCCCCGGGAUCGGACGACAUCACUUGGACA